GUUUUUGUUUACAUUCAUUACAAGUUCAUUCUAUCUCAAAGCCGUAAAAGCUGACAUUUUUGGAGCAGAAAGAACGGACAAAAAUGAAAAAUUGUACAAGAUUCAGUCAUGUACCUAAAAUCUUUCUUAUUUAUUCUUAUAGGUUGAAAUUUACAGGUAGAAAUGUACAGGUAGAAACUUGGAGCAUAAUGUUGCAACAAAAAUCUUCCUAAUUGUUAGUAAAAAAAAUCAGUUUUUCUAUUCAUAGUAAGCUUGCUGUGCACUAGGAAUGAGCAAGCAUGAUGCGAUAAGUGCUACGCUUAUGAACAUGGGUAGAAAAAAUUUUUAAGGGCAUGUUAAAGCCAUUUGUAUUCAUCUCGGGGCUGUAUUACGAAGUUUAUCCUAUUGUCAUCAAGGAUUCAUGGGUUUUGAAGAGAAAAUUGACAGUCCCAACCUCCAGGACCUAAGUUUUAAAAAUUCAGCCAUUCCAAGAAGUGAAAACUGACCAUUUUUCAGGUCUAAAAAAGAUGAUUUCUCCUACUACCUUUUUUUGAAGCUUGAAAAUUCACCAUUCAUGAGUUCAAUAAGAUGUAUUAAAAUCGAUGGCCCGCAUUAGUUUUCACUUCGUGCCCGCAUCCAAAAAAAGAAAAAAAAUAUAACAAAAUGUUAUCUCUGUCUGAUAUCUUUGAAUUCAAUUCUUACAAGUGGUUUUUACAUGAGUACCUUGAAAUACGUGUAAUGUAGCACGUGAGUUAAUUUUGGAGAAACGGAGUAAAAAAUAUUAAUAUAUGGAUGCAUAUGGAAUUGGAUUUUAAAAUAAUAUGAAAGAUGGAGUAAACAUCAUGUAGUUGAAAGACUUGAUCCAUCCGGCCGGCAUUAGUAGUGUUACUGCGCAUCUUUCUGCGCGUUUCAAAUGAAGUAUACCCAUCCACCCUCCAUAAACUUAGAGAUGCGUGCGCAUUACUUUAGAAUGUUUCGAUGUGAUAAGUAAAGUAGUAACAGGUGGUUCACGGUGGUUGGUGGAAUCUGUUGAAACUUAAGUACGACUGGGGAACCACGUGCAUGCAGAUGUUAUUGCAUUCGCGCUUCAAGUCUCGUGUGCGUUACACGGAAUUUGUGCUGUGACUGUUGAAAUUGUAACCUAGAUUCCUUCUAUAUACAAUUUAGUGUGAUCUAUAGUAUAUAAAAAUUCUGAACUUGGUGCAAUUUGAAUGGAAAUUGGAGUUUUAUUUUAAAAAAAUUUAAUAAUUACUGUGCGCGUGCGCAUUUUUCUAUUUGCAUCUUCGAGAGUUGCGGGUGUUGGCUGUUAUCGAUUAAAUUGUUUAUCUUUUGAAAGUUGUUAUUGUUUUAUAUGUGAUAUUAUGUUAAUUUGAUGGUUCAUUAUACUGAUUCUUAAACAACUUAAAUCUUUUUUAACAGAAGUUGACUUUUCGUGAAUAUCCAGGAAUGCAUAGGUUCUGUUUUUAAAGCUGUUGGACAAGGGAUAGAAAAUUUUGAGGGAAGGACACGAAAAAUGGAAUUUUACGACGUGGGAACCAGUGAUCUUCGAGAGUUAUGGGAAUCUUAUCUAGGAGAGCCCGUGCUUGGACAGGAUGUACUAAUGGCCAGUAAGGAUGAAGAAUGGGGAAAUAUACUUGGUGUUAAGGACAAAAUGACUUUAGAUGUAGUUUUAAGAGAUAGACUGAUGACUGAUGCAGCUCUUGGUGGACCAAAACCGAUAAAAACUGAACAUAGUUAUAGUCUCCUAGCUUACAGUCCACCUGCAAGUCCUGCUACUUCUGAAGAUCAUUCAAAUACACAACAUUCUUGUUCUAUGAAAGUAAACAACAAAACGUCGUCUACUGUUCCAGAGAAUCAUCGAGAAUAUACAUUACCAACUAGAAUCGAUGAUAUGGAAGAAGAAUGUUUUCCCGCUAUUUCAAUGAAUAAAGCAUCCAGUCACGGUCGUGUAUCUUCAUCAACAUUAUCAAUGACUUCUUCAGAUAUAAUAACAUCCAAGACUUCAAUAAAAAUGGAUGAAGACAUAGUGGAAAUAAAGCGCGAACCUACUUAUUCUUUGAGUAGUCCGGUAUAUGAACAGACAAACAGUGUUGAUAAUAAAAGUACGAUUAAAGUUAUUUCACCAGAUAGGCUUCAUUUCACUUCCAAUCACAUGUCUCAUACGAGUGAUAGUGAAGCAGAUGAUGAAGAAUAUUAUGAGAAUGCGGAUCUUGAAGAGUUAGAAACACAGUUAGAAAAUGAAAUUCCUAGUUCAAGUCAAGGUCUUCCACCAACACCACCGAGCAGCGCAAGUUCUGAUAGCGAAAGUACAGUUUCUGCUUCUUGUUCUCCUGUAAGAAGAAAUUCACAAAAUUCAGGACAAAAUAUUCAUGAAGUCUGUGGGUCAAGAUUAUAUACAGCUAGUGGACAAACACAUUCCGCACGACAGCCUAUUCAUACAUCAUUAAUUUCAUGUCAACCAAAAGGCUCAACGGGGGUUUUAGUAUUGACAGAAGAAGAAAAAAGAACUCUAAUUGCCGAAGGAUAUCCAGUUCCGACCAAGUUACCUUUAACAAAGCAAGAAGAAAAGUCACUAAAGAAAGUAAGAAGAAAAAUAAAAAAUAAAAUUUCAGCUCAAGAAUCAAGAAGAAAGAAAAAAGAAUAUAUGGAUGGUCUUGAAAGAAGAGUUACAAUGCUAACAAAUGAAAAUUUUUCUUACAAAAGCCGACUUUCCACGUUAGAAGACACUAACCGUGAAUUAUUAAAAGAAUUAGAACGUCUGCAGGCUCUAGUAGAGCGUCAAUCGUCUUAGAUAUUGAAAAUUCAAUUGAUAAUAGAUAGCGAGCAUAAAGUAGAUCAACGAAGAGAAUAUAAUUCACCAAAGGAACUCGAGUCUUCGUUAUAAUUACUUGACUGACAUAAAAUAAUUUAAUUGAAGAAUUAUUAUCAUUGUCUUCCUAGGGUAAUUUUCGCCGUUUAACAAAUUUUCAUCAAAUUAUUGACAUUUAUCAAUUUAUAUCGAUGCCUAGUCCAAAUGACACUGAAGAUAUUUUUAAAAAUAUGGUCAAUAUAUUCUGAUAAAUUUCCAGCAAUGGAAUAUCUACAAAUGAAUGAUAAUAAGUAAUUUAAAUCGUCCAUAGAAUAACAAUAUUUACAGAUCUUCAUAUAAUAUUAUUGUUGAUACUGAAACUGUACAAAUAGUAAAUACCAUUAUGAAGGCAUAUGAAAGUAUCAAUGUUUUUAUUGUAUUACAUGAGAAUAAAUUUUUUGAUAAAUUUUUAUCAAAAGAUAUUGUGUCUUGUAUCAAAAGUUUAAUCGUAGUUAGACAAAUACGUGCCUAAUCUAAAUUUGAUAAAAAUUUAUUUUUCGUUGGAAAUAUUAUUUAUCAAGGAUAAGAGAAGAUAAUGAAUAAUUAUUAGUUUAGGUAUAUAGUUAAUGAUUUUCACAGGUCGAGUGUAUAAUAUAGACGUUUGCCAAAUUAUAUAAGCAAAGUAAUUAUUAAAUUAAGUUGGGUUUGUGCAUUAAUUUAAUAAAAAUGUGCGAUUGAUGAUUAUUAAAAUCCACCAAUCUGUGGUGCUUAUAAUUAUAUACAAACUAUUUAAUUGUUUAUCAAUAACUAUUCAAAUGAUGCCAAGAAGCUAAUUAUUAUGCUCGCGUUAUCACCACUAAUUGUAUAUACAAAUGCAUGAGUUUACUCAGCUUGUUUCACUUUCAGUUAAAUAUUAUACACGUGAUAUGGAUAAUAUAUUUUUAAUGACAGGGUUGAGAAUAUUCAUGUUGAAUUCAUUAAUGAAUACCUACAAAUUUUAUCUUUGUUACUUGAGUCCGAACUUUUAAUUAAAGUUUCUUGCGGGCUUAGUUAUAACGAGAUUAAGAGACAAUUUGUAUAUUUACUUUU